CGGAAAUGGACGGACGUGAUUGACAGCCCGAGCCCUGGAGGCGGAAGUGGCGUCACCACUUCGCGCCGUCUUUUUGCCCCGGGACUCCGCGCAUCUUGGGGAGGCUUACGUUGUAGCGUUGGGGUCCCUCCGUCCUCGGUGCGGCCCGUGAAGGGAGGGCCCUGGGCGCACGGAGGGCGUUAAAGGACAGGUGCGGCCCGGGACCCGAGGGGCUCCGUAGAGAGGCCGGGCCCUCCGCUCGUCCGCCCGGCCGCUGGGCCCCGCGCUGAGCCGGGGCGGGAAGGGCGCCGUGCGGGGCGUUGGCGUCCCCUGCGCUUCCCUGGUCAGAGCCUCCGCGUCACCUUCGAGACUUUUCCCCAGAAGGAGAAGCAGCUCCGCUGUGCCAGUCCGGUUGCUCUGGCCCCGCGCCCUCCGGUUCUCAGGACCUGCGCCCCCGCCGUGUGCCUGUGAGUCCGGGGGAAAGUGGGUCAGGGGCCUCUUCUGCUUUUCCUGGGCGACAGAACGUGUCACCGGAGAAUUUGGCCUUGUCUUUGCGGCUUCCGUUUUUGAAUAUUACGUGAAGUUGUAGGAUGUGGGAUGCCGCCUCAAUGUGGUCUGACGAGCCGUGCCAUGUCUGCGCCCAGGAUCCGAACCCUGGGCCGCUGCAGCAGAGCGCCCAAACUUAACCACUCGGCCACAGAGCCGGCCCCAAUUUGAGAAUUUUGUAGAAGGUCUUUCUAAGGACCCUUGCUGCCUUCCUGAGGAACAGAUAGAGGCAGAAAGGAUGGCAACUGACUGUUUGACAGACUGUUCUCAGGACUCGGUUGCCUUCGCUGAUGUGGCUGUGCACUUCACCCGAGAGGAGUGGACUUUACUGGACCCAGCCCAGAAAAAUCUAUACAGAGAUGUGAUGCUGGAGACCUACAAGAACCUGACCACAGUAGAAUGUCAGGUGUUCAAACCCGACCUGAUCUCUUGGUUGGAAGAAGAAGAAGAGUGGAGGACAGCGGGGAGAGGAGUCUUCCAAGAAUGGGAACUGCAACUUAAGACCAAAGACUCGACGAUUCAGCAGGAUAUUUUUGGGGAGAAAACAUCCAAUAGGCUAGAAAUGGAAAGAAUUCCCAAUGGGUGGGAACUCCAUGAUUGUGAGCAAUGUGGGAAAGUCUUCAAUGAACGUUCAUGUCUUAAGACCCAGAGGAGAACUCAAAAUGGAGGGGACAGUUAUGACGACAGUCAGUAUGGAAAAAGCUCCCUCGCUCUGCAUAAGAAAACCUCACCUGGAGAGAAACAUUGUUUGUGUACUCAGUGGGGAAAAGCCAUCAGCCCGACUCCAGCGAUCGUGUGCAGGAAAACUAGCAUGCAAGAGAAAGCCUUCGAAUGCAGUGAUAGCGGGAAAGCCUUUGCUAAUCAGUGUUUCCUUCAGACACCAACGAGAAUUCACAAUCGAGAAAAACUCUAUGAGUGGAAAGACUGUUCAGGAUCUUUUAGUCACUCUGCUAGCCUCGGUGUGCAUAUACAAACUCACACUGCUAACAACCAUUACAAAUGUGAGGAAUGCAAAAAAUCCUUUAAACGAUCUGCAUACCUUAACGCUCACGUUCAAGUUCACAUUGGAAGAAAACCUUUUCAGUGUAAGGAAUGUGGGAAGGCCUUUGUUAAGUCUUUUGAACUUAUUGGACAUGUUAAAACACACAUGGGAGAGAAGCCCUUUCUGUGUGAGGUAUGUGGAAAAUCUUUUAGAAGUUCCUCGUACCUUCAGGUUCAUAGUCGAAUUCAUACUGGAAUAAAACUCUAUAAAUGUAAGAAAUGUGGGAAAGACUUUAAACGUUCCAUGCACCUUAAAGUUCACAUGCGAACCCACACUGGAGAGAAACCCUAUGAAUGUAAGGAAUGUGGGAAAACCUUCACUCAAUCCUCAGGCCUCAUUUACCACAAUAAGAUUCACACUGGAGAGAAGCCUUUUAAGUGUGACACAUGUGGGAAAGCCUUUGCUAGUUUCUCACAUCUUACUGCCCAUUUUAGAACUCACACUGGAGAGAAGCGUUUUGAGUGUAAUGUAUGCAGGAAAAGAUUUAGCAGUUCCUCGUACUUAGUCGUUCACAACCGCACUCACACUGGAGAGAAACCCUAUAAAUGUGAGGAAUGUGGGAAGGGCUUUAAACGUUCUGUGUCCCUUAAAGUUCACAUGCGGAUUCACACUGGAGAGAAACCCUAUGAAUGCAAGAAAUGUGGGAGAGCCUUCACUCAGUCCUCAAGCCUUACUGACCAUAGAAAAACUCAUACUGGAGAGAAGCCUUUUAAAUGUGACGCAUGUGGGAAAGCCUUUGCUCUUUCCUCACAUCUUAACAGACAUUUUAGAACUCACACUGGACAAAAGCCUAUUGAGUGUAAUGUAUGUGGGAAAACAUUUAGCAGUUUUUUGUACUUGAUCGUUCACAAGCGUACUCACGCUGGAGAGAAACCUUAGAAACGUAAAGAAUGUGGAAAAGCCUUCAGUUUCCCCAUUUCCUUUUGGUACCAUGAAAGCACUUAGCUGCAGAGAAAUCCUGUCAGUGUAAGGAAUGUGGUAAAACCCUGAGUUGUCCCGAUUCACUUUGAAGAUAUGAAAGAACCACACUGGAGAGAUGCUCUAGAAAUGUAAGGAAUGAGGGAGAGCCAUCAGAAUCUCAUCACAACCCGGCAUGUAUGGACUAACAGGGAAACUGUACCAAUAAGAAACAUGGAAAGCCCUUGUCUAUUUCCUCAGUGGAAUAUUUUUUUUUUUUAAUAUAUGAGAAACGGACAGAAAUCCAAGUGGUGUAAUGUGAGAAAAUUGUUCUGGUUAUGUUCACUUGUGAUUUUGGUGUGGAGAAAAACUUUGUAAGAAAUGUUGUAUAGUCAAUAAAAUUUUUCGUAAGAUUG